AUGGGCUCCACGGAAAACGGACACACUGACCGCGGCUUUGGGACACUGGCUGUCCACGCUGGCUCCCCCAUGACCCGGGAUAAUAAUACAAAGACGACCAGCGUCGGAAAUCCCGUUGGUCUGUACGAGUACACACGAAGCUCCAACCCCAACCGUGAUAACUUCGAGCAAGCCGUUGCCGCUCUCGAGCACGCCAAGUACGCUCUUGCCUUCUCUUCCGGCUCUGCCGCUACUGCCAAUAUCCUCCAAUCCCUUGCUGCUGGCUCGCACGUCGUCUCGGUUUCCGAUGUUUACGGUGGUACCCACCGAUACUUCACCAAGGUUGCUUCGGCGCACGGUGUCCAGGUCACCUUCACCCCCUCUAUUGAGGUGGAUGUGGAGCAAUUGAUCCGCCCCGAGACUAAGCUCAUUUGGAUUGAGACCCCCUCCAACCCGACUCUUGGUUUGGUGGAUAUCCGGGCUGUUUCCAACAUUGCCCACCAGCACGGUAUCCAGGUCGUUGUCGAUAACACUUUCAUGAGCCCCUACGUCCAGAACCCAUUGGACCACGGUGCCGAUCUUGUCGUUCACUCCGUGACCAAGUACAUUAAUGGCCACUCCGAUGUCCUGAUGGGCGUGGCUGCUUUCAGCUCCGAGGCCCUCAAGGAGCGCCUUGGCUUCCUCCAGAACGCCAUCGGUGCCGUCCCCUCUGCAUUCGACUGCUGGCUCGCUCACCGCGGUCUGAAGACCCUGCACCUGCGCGCGCGCGAGGCCUCCAAGAACGCUACUGUCAUCGCCAAGGCCCUUGAGUCCUCUCCUCACGUCAUUUCCGUCAACUACCCCGGAAUUGACUCCCACCCCCACCGUGCUAUUGCCCUCAAGCAGCACCGUGAUGGUAUGGGCGGUGGUAUGCUCAGCUUCCGUAUCAAGGGUGGUCAGCAGGCUGCACACGAUUUCUGCAAGUUUACUAAGGUUUUCACCCUCGCCGAGAGUCUCGGAGGUGUUGAGAGUCUGUGCGAGGUGCCCUCCAGCAUGACCCACGCUGGCAUCCCCAAGGAACAGCGCGAGGCCGCCGGUGUCUUCGAUGACCUUGUGCGCAUGAGCUGUGGUAUUGAGGACUCUGUGGACCUCCACGCCGAUGUUAUGCAGGCUCUCAGCCUGGCUGCUGUGGCCAAGAAGGCUUAA